AUGCUAAGGCCGCAAUUGGAGCGCGCGGCGCGCAAUUACUGCUUCGGACUGAAGUACCUGUUGAAGGACACCAAGAUCACGGACUCCUCUCCGCACGAGGUCAGCGCGGGCGGAGAGCCCGCUCUUGCAGCGACGGUGGCCGGCAAUGCCGCGAAGAAGGAGUGGCAUCGCGAGGCCAGGGCCCGCGGCGACGCUGGGAAAGCGGCCGCGCCUGGCGACCUGGAGGUCGAGGACGAUUCUUGCCUGGCCGGCGACGCCGACGGCACACCCAGCAGCGUCGCCGCCGCCGGGGAGAAGGACGACGACGAAGAGCCGGAGGAGGACCGCGAGUGCAGCGUGGUGGUUCACGAGCCCCCCGCUGGCGAGCUCGGGGCAGUGGAGCCGCUCGACGAGGAGGAGCUCCCGUCGAAGGGGUCCGCGGAGCACGCGUCGGGCAAUUGCAGGCGUUGCAACUUCUUCCCCAAG